AUGCGGUCUUUACUCCUUUUAUACGCCUCCGCUUUCUCCACUCUAGCCACAGCCUUCGUGCACCCAGGCCUCCUCCACACGGCAGAAGACUUCACCCGUGUAGCCUCAAAAGUCGAAGCGAAGACCAACCCUUGGUACGCCGGCUACCAAAAACUCGUCGCAAACCGACACGCUCAACCCAGCUGGGUCGCAUCGCCGGUGCCGGAGGUUUACAGGGGCGUCAACCCCAAGGGUCAGAACUACCAAAGGCUCUACAAUGACAUAGCCGCAGGGUACGCUCUGGCGCUGCGCUGGAAGGCCACCAACGACGUGCAGUACGCCAAUGCGAGCGCCGCCAUCAUUGAUGCGUGGUCGAGCACGCUGAAAAUGGUCGGAGGUUCCGGUGACAGGUUCCUCGCGUCGGGGAUCUACGGGUACCAGAUUGCCAACAUUGUCGAGAUACUCCGCGACUACCCUGCCUGGACGGGGUUCGCAGCUGCGAAGGAGAUGCUCGUCAACAUAUUCUAUCCCAUGAGCCACCAUUUCCUGGUCAAUCACAAUGAUGCCAAGGUAGACCAUUACUGGGCAAACUGGGAUCUUUGCAACCUCAAUAACAUCCUUGCGAUCGGCGUUGUGACUGAUAAUAAGAUCAUGUUCGAUGAGGCGAUCCACUACUUUUACAACGGUAGUGGAAAUGGCGCUAUCACCAAGGCUAUUUGGAAGAUCUACCCCGAUAUUGACGGGCAGGACUUGGGUCAACUGCAGGAGUCGGGACGAGAUCAGGGACAUACCAUGUUCGUUGUCGGUAUGCUCGGAAUCUUUGCGCAGAUGGCGAGCAAUCAGGGCGUUGAUCUAUUUUCGUAUCUCGACAACCGCAUCCUUAAGGGGUCAGAAUACGUUGCAAAGUUCAACCUCGGGUACGAUGUUCCGUACACGACGUACGUCAAUAGCUGGGUUAAUCAGAGCGAGAUUAGUAAUAAUAGUAGGGGCGGCGUGAAGCCGAUCUGGGAGCUCUUGUAUAACCGCUAUGGCAAGGUCAUGGGAGAGAACGUCACGUACACUAAACUGUACGCCGAGAAGGUUAGGGCUGCUGGAGGCGGGGCGGAGGGGGGUGGUGGAGAUUAUGGCCCGACCAGUGGUGGGUAUGAUCAAUUGGGGUAUGGAACUUUGAUGUAUUCGGUCUAG